CCUUCUGGCUAUACUCCAGCAUUUGUCAACUACCAGGGCGCUACACAAGCCAACGGAUAUUUGACUUACAAGACUUUGUCAACUUAUGACCCUAAGCAAUGUACUGCCGCUUGUGACAAGAUCAGCUCCUGUCAAUUUGCCAACAUCUACUACGAGAAGGACCCUGACAGCAAGAACAACCCCGUCGAUGUCAUCAAGUGCUCUCUUUACAGUAUGCCUCAGACUAACUGCACUGCAACCAACAAGGGACAAUGGCGCGGCACUUUCCAUGUUCUGGUUACUGGCAGCAACGGCUACAAUAAGGCCGCUGCACCUAAGACUCCAGCGGGAUACUCUCUUGACACCCUUCCUGCUGCCGUCAAUGCACCAGUAUAUGAUAGUGUGGGUCAGUGGAGAUUCAUCCAGCCCGUCUACCUCAACUCUUACGACCCUGCUCUUUGUGCUGCUGCUUGUGACAAGCAAACUGCGUGGGACAAGUCUCAAGCUUCGGACGACUGCAACUACAAGACUUGCGUGUACGCCAACAUGUACAUUCUGUCUCAGAACGGUGUCCCCAAGACUGUGGUCUGCGCUUUGUACACUGAGGCUACUGAUGCAAGCUACGCUAACAACCACGGAUACUCCACCGAUACCGACUCUUACCAGGUCUCAAACUCGAUCGCUCUAACCAACACCUCU